AUGACCCACAAUCGCAAACGCGCAGGCUCAGAUGCAGCCUCCUCGGCUCAUCACUCCUCCGACGCUUCAGAGGAUGAGCAUGUCGCCAACGAUCAGGCUGAGGCUGUAGCCGCAGCGUCGAUGCCCAACAAGGACUUUGUUCCAUUCACAGAUGGUGCUGAGCUCCACCAAGUACUCAAAACACCCUCUGCCGAUCUCUUGCGUCUUCUCCUUUCCCGCCUCCGCAACCAAACCAGUCUCUCUUUCGUCGAAAACACACAACGUUCCACCAUCCCUGCGAGCGACAAGCGCAUUCAGCUGGUUAAGGACUACUGCCUGCUAUGCGAGACGCAAGCAUCUAAUUAUGGCUCACCGUCCUCAGCAGCUGCUUCCAUCUUCUCUACUUGGGAGCUCGCUGAUCGUCAGGACCUUUCAACAUUGUUGCAUCUGCCCAUCUUCUGUUUAGCCCAAUCGCUGGCUCUUCUUUCCAUUCACUAUCCUACACAUCCGCUAGGCUCCAACAUUGUCGAGCGUAUUCUGAAUUCUAAUGAGCCAUGGCUGGCAAUGCUGCACGACUACAUCUCCAACCUCGGUGGCGCCAAGUUUGCAACCAAGCAGCGCAACCCUCGUACCUCGAAGAUCUCAGAUGUGGUCCCUCUCGCUUCACUUGUCCUUCUUCGCGAGAUCACCACAUUCGCCAAGGGUCGCUAUGCUUCCAAGCUCUUUGACUCUUUCAACUGGUCCAUGGGGGUCUUGCCUCACCUCUUCAACAUGCGCAGGAGAGUCAACCGCAAAUCCAAGACAUCCAAAAAGGCGCAGGCUGCUCAAGAUGUGUCGCUUCGACGACCCGAUAUUCGCACUCUCUACAUCCUCUUCCUUCUUUCCUUCUUGCAGCAGAGCUACUCGCAUACACUCAAGCUCCGACUCCUCGAUCUUGGACGUGACUUCUUGCCAGGCAUUCUCAAAGGUCUGCCUCAGGAUCCGCCCGAUGUCGUCCAGACCGUCCUGCUCCACCUUCACGAAGACCUUGUCAAGGACCAAAGGAUCCCACGCAGCAAGAAAGUCGAGUUUUGGAAUGAGUGGGCAUGUGGCUGUGUCGUCCAGCUCUAUGCACGCGAACAGGAGCACGUCCUCAUCCACGCUGACUCCGACGCAGUCGAGAAUCCUUCGGUAGCCGAGCUUGCUCACCACUUUCUCCUCAGCAUCUGCACGAACCCAGGCUUCGGUAUCUGUUACCCAGAUCGUGGCUGGUUCCCACGCAAAGCCUCGAGCAAGGGAGAUGGCGCCCAUACCGCGAAUGCAACUCAGAGUGACGCACUCAUCGACGGCGUUGAUCGUCUCGACUUCUCUCCAGAACCCACUUCCGUACAGAAGGGUAAGCAGAGCAGCAUUGCUGGCGGCUCGAUCUACAACAAGGUUUUGUCGGGUGUCCUGCGUCAGCUUGGUGUCGCCGAAGAUCUCCGACAGCAAGAGUUGGCCCUCAGCAUCCUCACUGCUUGCCCCGAGCUUGUUGGUCCUUAUCUCGAAAGCUCCUGUGCAGGUCUAAGCGUCGAUCCAAGGCCAAGCUCUCGUUGGCUAUGCAAUGUUGCCUUCUUCGGUCGAGUAGUCGGGCUCGAGCUUCCUUCCUUCCGCAACGCCAAAGUCGAACACCUCGAGAAUGCCGACGAUGCGUCAGCUGGUGCGCUGACACCACAAGCCCAUCGCAUGUUCGCCUCGGAGCCACCUCCGAUGUCGAGCAUCCUUGCCAACAUUUUUCCCGGCCCGCUGCACCGCUUCCUUUUCAGUCAAGGUCUCAACAGUUCCGAUCGUCUGGUGCGUUACUCGACGUGUGCACUUCUGUGCCGUUGUCUGGAUCGCAUGGUCCGCUUCCGCAAUGUCUGCCUCGACGCCAUCACAGAGCUCGAUGAAGACGAAAAUGGACCUUGGCGUAAACGUCUAGAUGCGCUCGAGAUGGAAGCACGACGCCGCAUUCCUGAUAUCUCGAUCGUUAUUCAGAUCUUGCAAGUUGCCACGUCUCGUUCCAAUGCGAAUUGCAACUCGACUGCGAUAGACACGGAAGACGAUGCCACUAACGGUGCAAAUGACGACGUUGUGGAGAAGAAGGACAUGCUAUCGACUGAAGUCGCACUUCGCCUUCUCUCCCUGUACUAUCAGGCAGUGCCCAGUUCAGCGUUCGACGUGCGCUUCAACGCCGGUAAGCUGCUUACCAAUGCAUUCAAUCAGUCUUCGCGUCCCUCUGCAAGUCACGAACAAGGCCGGGGUGCAGACAUGACCAAUGACACCGCUGCUCAGAGUGAGGAUGACAGCGACGGUGAGAAUGAAGGCGAAGACAACGGCGAGAUCAACUUAGAAGCACUUUGCCAGGUGCACACCUUGCGCAUCCUGUCGCACUCUGCGCGGGCCACCUCCUUCGACUGGACUGCCAAACCGAGCGGCUCUGGCAACAACCUCAGCUACCUCGGCAUGCUCCUCUCCCUCUUCAUCUUGACACCUCUGCAACAAGUUAAGCAAGCAUGUUCGGACCUUCUUCACUCGCUCCUCGCGCCCUCUGCGCUCUUUGAGCAUCAUCCCGCUGAGAUCGAGGCGUGGCUUGCCAGCCUUCCGCAAGCAGACACCCGGAUGGUUGUCCCUGGAGAGGAUGCAAACAGCUCCAUUGCAAGUCAGCGGCUUUCCGACGAACAGCAGGCAGUCAUUACAUUUCUGGACGAGUGCAUGCUCCGGUGCAUCAAGACACCGUAUCGCUACAUCGAGAGCGCACGUCAAUACCUGCAGAAACACGGCAAAUUCACGCAUUAUGACGGCUCUGACGGCGUGUCUGAUGACGAGCUUGCCUCUGCCAACCUGAUGGCCUCGCCGUGGCUCAUGGCUUUGGUCGAGCAAUUCACCGUUCGUUUAGAAAAAGGUUUAUUCCCGACCCAGACAGUUACAGUGGACGCACUGCUGGCAUUCUUCGUCCGCUUACUACCGACGCUCUGUGCUUACUCUUGCCAGACCAGGGUGUUCGACCAACUUGUGUGGGACAUGGACAAUUGCUGUUUCGACAAACAAAACAGCAAAUAUUAUAAACGUCUCCUCUCGCUGUUAGACAACAAGAUGUUAGGUUUCAGGUACCCUAACGUGCGUAUCGACGAAGAACAGAAAGUGUCACAUUCUUCGAAUUGCACAACCCCCGCUGACCUCAAGGAGCGUUUGCGAGCUCUCGAUUCUGAUGAAACUCUUCGCCCUUCCGAGGUCCGCGAGGUGUACAUGACGGUGCGGAAACUGCACUCGAAUGGCUAUUCGUGCGUGUCGCAGAUUCUCGAGGAGCUCGAGCCUCGUGAAGAGAACAUCGCGGCCGCUGUGUUUCCGGGGUCAAAGGAGCUUGCUUACGGCAGUAUUCCGAUCUUCCACUUUCCGCAUGGAGCAAGAUUCGUUGCCUCUACCCAAAGCGACUUCAUUACGACGUCACAGUCACUUCACGCGCCUGCCGAAACCACAAUAGUGCCUUGGAAAGCUAAAGAUCAGGUCCGUAUCGCUCUCUGGAAGGCCUUCUCACGCUCCAGGAUAAGUACCAUAAAAAGUCUUUCAGAGCAUUUGGACCCGUACAUCGCGCUUGCUGAUGUCUCAGGAUCUCUCUCUUACGACGACAUCAAGCAUUUUCUCUUCGUCGAGGCCGUAUCGACUAUGACCGAGGGUCGGCAUUGGUCUAAGAGCUCGAACCCGAUCAUGCUCCAGGUAAGCGACCUUGCCUUUCGACACUUGGAUCCUCGGCGAAAGGACCACGUGAAGAUGGCAGCAACAGUCUUACAGAAGAUCGAGAAUAUGGCGGGCUACGAUUAUUUCAUGUGCAUGGCCAAGCUAGUACCUUUCAUGAACGAACAGGACGCCGUCAAGGUGAUCGAAAGAUGCGCCAGCACUAUCAAGAGCCGAUUGCAAAGUAGCAAGCCGUAUCUUUUAUCCACAGAGCUUCUUUACAUCCUUCUCGCCGCUCAUGGCUCGUCUUCCCAGGUCUGGAACAUCAUGGCAUCGCAGCUAGACAGCGUUCUCGAUGCAGUCGCACGCAAAGGAUUCCCAAAAAGCUGCAAAACGCCAGAUGGCCACUGUUGCGAAGAUAUGCUUUGCGCAAUUAUUCAGUCCGUCCUGCAACAAGCCCCGCAUCGUGCCAACACGGAGCUUCAUAGCAAGUUCGCCAAGCUUCACCUAAGCAAAAUCGUUUAUGCAAGAGCCACUGCUCAGGCCAAAGACGGCGCAUUGGUAGCAGCUAUGCACGCAGAUCCUGCACUUGCACUGUCCGUCUCCGAGUCGAUGCUUUCCGUCUUGGCUGCACCUCAGGAACAUCGUCCUGUUCAAGCACUGCCUUGCACGUACCUCACGCUCCUCUCCGCUUUGCUGGAGGCAGGAUCGCCCCAGCUGGCUGGCCAAGUUUGGAAAGAGUCCCACCUCGAACUCAUUGUUAGACUUGGAGUCUUUGCUAUCCUCAAGACGCCGGAGAGCUGGAAUGGGAGCAUGCAGCACGCAGCGUACCUGGUGAUGGCGCUGCGAUGUGCGUCCAAGUUCGGCUGGACCGAGACACAGUCGCAGGUCGCCGGUAGUCUUCUGAAGUUCGUGAAAAAGGCGCUCGGAGGAUCGCAUAAGGAGGCUUUCCGAGCCUCGCUGUUGCAGACUUUGCUUGGAUUGGUCGAAGAGGUGCCCGAACUGCCUCGCUUAUCCGAGAUCCUCCAAGCGACAUUCGAUUGCGCGUUGCUAUGGCUCGUUCGUCGAUUUGCGGAGGAUAGCAAUGAUUCGAUCGAGCUGGUGCAGACGAUCUCGAUCUUUACUUCGCUUGUUGAGCGUGUCAGCGAGAACGCGAAGCUCAAGGUGCAGCUGAAGAAGUCGCUCGUCGACCCUGUCAUUCAGGCAGCCAUCAAGAAUCGACUUCGAGCUCUCGACCAGAUGCAGCUUCUUCUCGCACUUUGCAGUCAUGCCGAUCUGGCAGCGAGCCAUCUUUCUCGCUACCUCGGAGCCAUUUCUGCCCACGCUGACUUUAAUACCGUCAUGCGAGGCAAUGCUACGAUUCAGCGACCCCUGCAUGCGGAUGAGGAUGCGGACGAGGAGCAAGAUCUAGAUUCGCUCAGCGAAGAGGAGAAGCGUACUAAGUCGGAGGAGCUCAAGCAGCUCAUGGUUGAGCUGGUCUACACCGUCGCCAGUCGUGACGCCAAGUCUUUGCUGCGAGCUCCAUUGCUGACAAAAUUGAUGUCGUUCUACGACGCCAGCCUUGCAAAGAACGAUCGAAUGCUCCUGUCGUUGUUCAGGAAGUUCGAGGAAGAGUGCGGACACUCCUUCGCAUCCCUUGUGCAGGAGUGGACGUUGCCGUCGUCGCAGCAAGGUGACAGCACGGGCGGUGCAGAGCAAGAGAACACGCUCGAGGCGCUGCAGUCGCUUGAUGCUAACACCGUCUUCGCAACUUGCACCGAGUACCCUCGAUCGCUGCCUUCGCGCAACACCAUCGCAUCAGGCUACGAAAGCGCAGAUGAGGACAAUGUGUUGCCAGGCCAAGUAUACGGCCGUCACACCGAUGCAGCUCAGCGAUACGACCCUGUCUUCCUCUCUUCACUCCUUGCUGGUGUCACCGCGCCAGGAAUUAAGCUCACUGGGUUGCAGUGGCUAAGCGUGUUUUCAACUAACGUGCCCGGUUUGGUUGUUUGUGGACUGUCGUCGCGCUGCCCCGACAUGCGAAGUGCGUGUCUCACCCUCAUCUCGAACCUCUAUCUGGCAGUUCGAGAAGCAGACUUCCAAGAGAAAGACCACCUCAUCAUGGUCCUCGAUCUCUUCCGCGACGCUCUUGAUUCUGCUGCGACCUUGGAAGACUCGAACACGCCUUCAUCUUCACCCUUCCUGCCAACCACCACCACACUCUUCAUCGCUCAUGCCUUACGCUCGGUCGCGACACCAGGAUCAUUCAUCUAUCCCGUCAUCUCUCACUUCUUGCUCCAACGACCCGAGCUUGAUGUCGGCGAUGUGCCACUGCUCUACAACUUGCUCUACGCUGCAUCGGACAAGUACAAGCAGGAACGAAUGUGGAUGCUUCGUUUCCUCCGCGAUGUGGCACGAUCGGGAGGUAGGAACGAUUGGAAGAUCUUCAAACGCAGACGCACGUGGGAGUUGUUAGCGUCGCUAUACGAUGCAUGUGAUGUCGGAGCAGCAGGGAUCAGCGCUUGGCGGGCGGUCGAGGAAGCAGCUAUGCGGGCUUUGAUUGAGGAUACGACUGCUUGGUUGAUGCGGAAUGGAGAUGUGGCGAUCGAAUUGGUGACCAGGAGAGGAUUGUUGACGUGGGUUUGGCAGCAAGUUGUGAAGGAAGGGGUGAUGGCCAUUGCUGAAGACGGUCGGUUUGCGAAAGGGCAAAGUGAACAGAAGGGUGCGGAAGCUGAGACACGCUCACCAGUAGCUACACUCCGCAGCUUAUGGAUCCUUCUGCUCGCUCAAUUAGUCCGCAGCGUUGACCUUGACCGUCUACAUCGAGCCACAGAAGGAGCUUGGCUAAGUACCCUUACUACACUCCUACAAACGACCAUUUAUGCCUUGCACAAUUGCGUCACCAACACAGCUUCUCCCAGGCUGCCUUCUGUCUCUGCAGAGUUGACACGCACGAUCACGAACGCAGCCACAGUUGUACUGGAUAAGAUGAUGCUCUUCGCCGAUGACCCAGCCAUGACCAUUCAUCGGGGCGACAUCAACGAGAUCCUCAAAAAAGUCCUGGAUCUCACCGAACAUCACAACAAGGCAGAACAGAUGCAACACAGCGCGGUCAGAAUCCAACAAUCUAUCCUCAACCUAGCCGCUGCAUCAGGUUCAGCAGACACUGACAGUGCAUUGGCAAAACUCCUCCGUCGAUCCACAGCGCUGUGCAGAUUGGUUGAUGUCAAGGCGUCUUCUCUUGCCAUAUCUAAUCUCUUUUCCGCCUCGGGCUAA